CCGGUUUAGUUGUAAAAUUACUCGCAUCCUGCUGAAGUAGACAGUUUUACGAAUGCUAUAAAGAACAACUUACCUAGCGGUCUGUUCUACAGCAAAUCAGGUGCUGAUUUAGUUGCUUUCACGACGUGAAUCACAAAAGCUGUUGCUAUUUAGGCUUUAGAAAUGGCUGAUGGAAAUGUUGAAAAACAAGGUUAUUUAGGAGACCUGAUGCAAAAACCAAUGGCUCAGCUGAAGGAAUUACUGGACAGACAAAACAAAAUCUUACAAAACAAGAAGUUUAUAUCAUCACUUCCUGACAAAGGUAAGAAGAUUUCAGACUUGGCUGACAGACUGAGAAGAGCAAUUGAAGAAAAAGAGAAAGUGGAUGCCACAUCAUCGCUGUUUCAGAAGAUGCAGUUGGAAUCAGAUGACGAGGAUCAAGUGUCAUUUUACAGAAAAAUAAUAAAUAAAUCGGACAAGAGAAAGGAAGAAACAGAUGACAGGUUGGCACCAAAAGUAGAUGGAUUCCAAACCUGUGAUAUAUCUAUGGACACUGACGAUGUUUCUGCGGGUAAUAUUUGUGACUUUGACAAAAGCAGAGAAAAUAAAGACACGAUGCACGGCAGUCUAGACAGAACCUCAAUUACUGACAGGGACACCACUAGGAGGAAAGACAAGAAAAUGGAUGCAAUGAGGAGUGCUGAAAAAAUGGAUUUAACAGGAGACACUAAAAUAGACAGGACUAUUAAAAAUAAAGGAAAAAGAUAUUCAGUAGAGGAAGAAUCUGCAUUGUUUCCUCCCAAGGCUAAAUAUGAAUGUGCUAAAAUGCUGUCAGUGGAAGAUUCAUGUAAAUUGCAAGAAGAACAAAAUAAAAGAAUACAGGAAAUCCAGGCUCAGCAUAUAGCAGCAAGACUUUCACAAAGGUUGAACAUCAAAAUGGAGCCUCAUCUCCCAGAGGGGUCUACUGUGGUAUAUGAUGACAGCAGAGACACCGAGGUUCCUUCGAUAUCAGAUGACAGCGGGGAUGAACCAGAUUAUCCUGAUUAAUUGUCAGUGCAGCUGUAUAAUUUGAACUAGAGACAGACAGCUUCACUCUUUAGACAGUAAACUUGUUUUUAUCUGCAGAUGUCUUCACCAGUUUUUUGUAUGCCAGAUAUAGACAGUGGAAACAUAUCCAUUACAUAAUGCUCAUUUGGAAUAAUAUAUUUUGAGACUGAGAAGACUUUGUUUUCAUCAUUAAUAAAUCUCAUGGAUGAUAUUUGUUAUAUGAUAAGAAAAAUUCAUGUAAGGUUAUUUGUACCCAUUUGGUGCUGUUUCAAUGCAGAAAUAAUGCAACCCACUUCAUGAUUACUUACCAACUAGUCAUAAACUGCAUGAAGGAAUCAGAGAGCACAUUCAGAACAGAUGAACUGCUGACUUAGGCUCUAUUCCCAUAGAUUUUAGAUCGAUC